UAUCUUGUUAUCACCCACGCGUCAAUCUGCGUCAACAACUUUUGAUCAACAUUUUUAUCAUGAUUUUUUUGCCCUUUAUCAAUUGAAUCAUUUCCUUUCGAUCGCGUUCUACAUUGUGAAAGAAAAUAGCGAAUGAUUUAUUCUUUGACAUGUUAAAUCCACUUACACCAGGAAAGAAGAAUCCCAUUUAUAAGCUUUCUUAUUAGUGUCCUUUUCUGCUAUUUGCUGUCAUUAUGGAUAAAAGCAUGGUAAAAGCAAUCAUACUCAUCGGUGGUCCACAAAAAGGCACUCGUUUUCGGCCUUUGUCUUUGGAUACUCCAAAGCCUCUGUUUCCUGUUGCCGGACUACCAAUGAUUCAGCAUCAUAUUGAGGCAUGCACACGGAUCAAUAAUCUGAAAGAAAUCAUCAUACUAGGAUACUAUCCCACUAAUGAUCUUGCGCAGUUUGUUAGUGAAAUGAAUCAAAAAUAUAAGAUUUUAAUUAGGUACUUACAGGAAUUCACCCCUCUUGGAACAGCGGGUGGAAUGUAUCAUUUCAGGGAUCAAGUUAGAAGUGGAAAUCCUAGUGGCUUCUUUGUUAUACAUGGCGAUGUAUGUUCCGACUUCCCUUUGAGUCAAAUGCUCGAAUUCCAUGAAAAACGACCUGGAGCUCUAAUCACAGUUCUAGGAACAGAGGCAACAAAGCAACAAUCUGUAUAUUAUGGUUGCCUCGUUUGUGCCAAAGAAACUUCAGAAAUAACACACUAUGUUGAGAAACCCUCAACCUUUGUUUCAACUCUAAUAAACUGUGGUGUGUACUUUUGUUCAAUUGAUAUUUUCCAAAUUAUGGCAGACGUUUUCAAGAAAAAAGAAGAAGCUUUUUAUAAUGGAGAAAAUGGAUACGGAUCUGAAAAUGGUUGCAGUGGUAGCAUGCAGUUAGAAAAAGAAGUAUUGCAGCCACUCUCUGGUACUGGGAAGUCAUUUGUCUACCAAAUCACUGAUUGGUGGUCUCAGUUAAAGUCAGCUGGUUCAGCAAUUUAUGCUAAUCGCCACUAUCUUCAAGUUUAUCGGAACAAACAUCCUGAGCGACUUGCAAAAUCAAAGGAGAAUCAAGUGAACAUUAUCGGUGAUGUGUAUAUUCAUCCAAGUGCAACUGUUCAUCCUUCAGCCAUUCUUGGACCAAAUGUAUCAAUUAGUGCCUUUGCUACUGUUGGGCCUGGGGUGCGCAUAAGGGAAUCAAUAGUCCUUCAAGAAGCGGUCAUUGCUGACCACAGUUUAAUUUUAUAUAGCAUCGUGGGUCGAGGAACUAAAGUUGGCGAGUGGACUCGUGUUGAAGGAACUCCUUGUGAUCCUAAUCCAAACAAGCCGUUUGCCAAAAUGGAUAAUCUGCCUUUGUUCAAUUCAAGCGGGAAAUUGAAUCCUUCAAUAACAGUUCUUGGUUGCAGUGUCACAGUGCCCUCGGAGGUGAUCUUGCUAAAUUCAAUUGUUCUUCCCUAUAAAGACUUGACGAGAAGUUUCAAAAAUGAGAUCAUUCUUUGACCCGUUUGAUUUGAAUAUUAAUCGAAAUAAAUGGUUUUAUAUUUUUAUUAUUGUGAAUAAAUUAUAUGUAACUGUU